AUGGGAGCAGUCUGCAGCAAAGGAGACUCCCGAGCAGGGCGCCCCAACAGCCCCAGUGAGGACAGUGACCACACUUGCCUGCGCCUUUGCCGCUGUCUCAUCCCACGUCGUCGUCGGCGACCAACUGGGGUGGUGCUAGAUAUGCACCCGACCCCGGCUCACCAGCCUCGCCGCAGAGUGGCGCAUCCUCCUGAUCGGUCUCGCGGACCUUCUGUGGUCCCUGCCCGCUACGCCUUUCCUCGGGAGAACAAGAUGAUGAUGGUAGUCAGGAUUUCGUGUUUCACAUCCCCUCUCGUCCACUUUUCCCUGAGAACCGCAGCACCGACAUUGACCUUCGUCCUCUUGGACCUCCCCCGGCCUACUCUCCUCCCUUUGACUAUGGGGACUAUGACGACCACACAUCUGAUGAGACUUGCAGCGAUCUGGACUUUGGCGAAAGCUGUUUCUUUUCCCCGAUUCAUCUGCCAGAACUUGUGUCCGAUCAGCCUCGAGUGGACUCUCGGGAUGCCUCUCCUCCCCGCAGUUCUAGACUGCGACUGCCUCGUGACGAAGACUAUCAGGCCUGCGAUUACCAGUGCGUACUUCCCGGCGCCUCCACCGCCGUCUGCCAGAGCAUGCCCGAUCCCGCUCAGGGUGCAGUCGCUUACCACUGCUGCCGAGACGCGGUCUCUCGAGCUGGAAGAUGCCGUCCCGUCAGCCCCCAACCGCAGGAAGACUCCACUGCUCCCCCCUGCCCCCGCUGUGGUGUCUGUCAUUUCUCGGUUUCCCCUCAGUUUCUUUGCGGCAGUUAUUGCCAGUGCAGACGCCAAGACCAAGAGUGCUGCAUGCUUUGCAUGCCAAUGGUUUGCCCUGAUCAACCGGCGCUCCGGUCAGCUCGCGCCUUGCGGGGUGGAGAAUUCCGAGAACCCCAGGCUUUUAGUGUCCAAGGCCCCGAUGUCGCCGAAGCUUCUGCUGAUCUUCUGGUUCCUGAGUCUUGGUCUCAGCUGUGACUCACCUGCCUUCUUGUGCUCUUUGAUCACCAGACCCGAUGUUGAAGAGCUUGACUGGACUGACACCUUCCCAUCUUGUGUUACCCUCCGAUUUUUCCCUUGUGAAUCUUUCUACUGCAGACUGUUUAACUGGACUCUGGAACUCAGCCCUUGCAGUGACAUCGGGUAUUUGAACCCUCUUUUUUGUGCCUCUUUUUACGCUUUUGUUCUUUAA